AUGCCAUUUCCACGAUACGGGACGCCAUUUCUCAUGGUUGUUCUCCUUACUCUUCCAUUUCUUUUUCUGCAACACCCGCCUCUGCCUCAACUCGAACGCUUGUUUUUGCUUUAUGAAACCAGGAACCGCGAUCCUAAUAUAGACAUGUUUGACUUCCUGUUUGGGUGGUCAAAAGCUUCCAAAUGUAAGAAGCUGAUCAAAAAAGCUCGGUGCCGCCUCAAGCUGCUGAAGAACAGGAGGCUUGUGACAGCGAGGCUGAUACGCCAAGACGUGGCAGAGCUCAUUAAGAAUGGCCGCCAACGUAAUGCUGGCAACCAUGUUGAACAGGUCAUUCAAUAUGAAAGCUUAGCCGCUGCAUAUGAAUUGUUGGAUUACUUUUGCGAAUUUAUUCUUACUCAACUCUCCUAUAUCAGGAGGCACAAGGACAUUCCAAAUGACAUUAACGAAGCAGUGUCUAGUGUUAUAUUUGCCUCGGCAAGAUGUGGGGAUGUUCCCGAACUCUCUGUCAUCAGGAAGCUCUUUGGACAGCGUUAUGGCGAGAAAUUUGCAACGGCUGCUGUUGAACUGUUUCCUGGAAACCUAGUAAACCAUCAGUUGAAAGAAAACCUCUCAGUGAAGUCUGUGUCCGAUGAUUUCAAGUACAGAAUGGUGGAUGAAAUAUCUAGGGACUACUGCCUCCAACCAAAGCUUUUAGCUAUUGAGUAUUACCCUGACUGGCAAAAAGGACGGGUGAAAGGAAACGAAGAUAACAGUGAAGUUAAGAGGGAACCUCAGAAAAGAACAAGGAGAUCAGUUUCACUUGAAAACCAAGGCAUAAUCGAUAUUGGAUGCAUGUUAUAUUAUCAUAAGCCCAACAGAAGUCCCUCUGCUGACCACAAGCGUGCUGCGCAUUCCAGAAGAAAACACCAGAAGCUUUUACUCGAAGGUAUUCCACAAUCGAGUUACGAUUCAAAGAGAUUGAAGCAACACAGCUCCUCGGAAAAAACAAAGAGAAGACCAUCUUUCAUUCCUAAAAUGAGUGGCUGCAGUUUGGAUCAUCCUUGUUACUUUUGUGCUUAUGAUGGUGAUUUGGGUUCGGGGUCGGGGCUUUUUUCAAAGAGAGCCGUUAUGAUUGAAAAUACUCAACAAGUUUCGCUUAGCGAAUGUUUCCAUUGGAAUGAAAAUGCAUACGAGCCUCAGGGAUUAGAUAGAAGUGACAGAGGUGUGGCCGUGUAUAAUGCAUUCACCUACCCAGAUUGCAACAAUGAAGAGGAAAACAAAACAAAGGCAGAGGCCUCUGAGCACAUGGGCAGGUUAGUUUCAUCUGAGGUUGUCAAAAACUGCAAAGAUAAGAUGUUAAGGACAUAUGCAUGUCCUCCUCAUCCCAAGCAUGUUCAUCCCAAGUUGCCUGACUAUGACGAUUUAGCCGCCAAGUUCUCUGCUCUCAAGAGAGAACGUCUGGACAAAAAAAAUUUCUGUAGCCAACCUUCUAGUGACGUAGUGCUGGGGGUAUACUGA